AUGGAGGAGUUCUGCCUGGCCCGGUUUAAACUUGACAUGCUGGAAGUGGAGCAGAGCCACUGGGCUUACAGUGAGUUGACCAACUGCACCUUCUUGGUGGCACUGAAGAUGGGGUGCUUCUGGCCCAACCGGCUGGUGGACGACUUUUUCAUCAGGGUCCACAGAGACUACUUCCACGACUGCUCGCUGUCGGGACGCAUGCUUAAGGACCCUCCCAACCGCAUCCUGGGACCCUUCAUCAUGGUCCCAGUGAUGGUCACCCUGCUCAUGACCGCCCUUGUGGUGUGGAGGAGUAAACGCAGUGAAGGGAUGGUCUAGGUGGACCAUGAAAGAAGGGUGUAAGGAGCUGGUGGGAAUGAAACGAAGGCGAUGGAACAGGAGGAGGAUUUCAUCAGAAAGUGCAAGAGAGAGAAGAACAGCCAUGCCCUGUUUAAUCUAAACAAUGACAUAGGGCUGAUACUCCGUGACCCCGGCAGGCGAUCUUGUUUGUUUUUAUUUUUCCUUUCCAAGACCAAAGUUGUACCGUUGCAUCUCUUAGUCCCACACGAUGCCAUGCUACUACCUACUGCUCAGACCUCAGUAGGAAGAACAAAUGUUUAUUUUUGCUUGACCGGUUUUGGGUUUCAACGUAUACCAUAUCGACGGUGGAAUGGUAUACGUUUGAAAAGAGCAAAACCUGCCGUGUUUAUAUGCAUAUAUAUAUUUUUGCAGCCCUACACCGCCAAUUUAAACAUGAUUGUAAGGAUGUUUACAUUUGAUGAUGUAAUUUAAUGCUUAAAGCUCAAAGAAUACAGCAUACAGGAAACAUAGUCCUGGCAUAAAUAUGGUUCACCAUUCACUGUAAUAUUUUAUGGUUAUCAACUUUCUUUUUCUCAUUAUUAUUAUUAUUAUUAUUAUUAUUAUUGUAUUUCUAAUUGAGUACCAGGAAUGAACUGAUUGAAUGUGUUAACUAACACAUCUAAAAUGAAUGAGUUACAACUCUUGGUCGUCCUUUAAGUUAUCCCAGCCAAAUCCACCUGUGACAACAAACAUAUGACGUGGUCCGUUAGAGAUGGGGACGUGCACUACCGUGCCACAGCGGUUUGUUGUGAGACGGUGACUCCUGUGGCUUCUUCUACUCAUCACCUUGGCAUCGGGGGCUGUGCUUCUCUAGAAGUGUGUGACUAUUUUUAAUAAUAUUUUGCAAGAAAUUCCAAAAAAACAGGUGUGCCCAGAGUUGACAUUGAAGCGUCAGCUCUCUGCUUCAUGUUGACAGUCAAAGGUCACCAUAGGUCACAGACUUUUAGCAGAAACCCCAGAGCAGAGUGGGAAACUGUGGGAGAGCAACAUUGGAGCAAGGGAAACAUUUAAUCUGCUUUGAAAGAAGACGCCGAAACUUCUAUCAAUGGAAAACCGUUGGAUAUCCAUACAGAAAAAUAUUUUAACACUUAUAAUGCCACAGUUCAGUGCAUGGACUUCAACCUUGUGUUAAUUAAACAAAAAUGUCUCCAGAUUAAAAGUUUCUGCAUUUUGAUCUACAGAAACUAUCGCUGAUGUUACAGUAUAUGUAACAUGUGUAUGUUAUAAUCAAUGCUGAUAGUUUAGCUAUAGCUAAAGCAGGUUGGAAAUGUCAUUUUGUGUUUGUUGGUUUUGAAAGAUGUUUUCAUGGCUCAUAAUAAACUUGCUGGAUUCAUUUA